UUUUCCCCAAGUCCAAUCUCUAACCAAGUCAGAAACCAAGUGCUCUGCUGUGAAUUCCCAGUUUUAAAACUUUUAUGGUUUUGAAUGUGAUGGAUACCAACGGCACUAGCUAUGAGGGUUCAUUGCCACCUAAUUUCUGGAAUCAAAUAAUAAUAGCAUUUACAGUUUCUGUGAUCGUUGGACUUUUAAUCGGAGGCACAAUCUGGGCUUUGUUGACUUGCCUAUCUAGUCGCAGAGCUAGUGCACCUAUUUCCCAGUGGAGCACCUCAUCCUCUAGCCGGCGUUCCAGAGGUUCCCAUGGAAGUGCUGCUAGCAGACCAGGAUUUUAUCGCAACAGCAGUUGUGAACGGCGUAGCAACCUCAGUUUGGCCAGCCUUACUUUCCAAAGGCAAGCUUCCUUAGAGCAGGCAAACUCCUUUCCAAGAAAAUCAAGCUUCCGUGCCUCCACAUUUCAUCCUUUCCUUCAGUCCCCUCCACUUCCUGUAGAAACUGACAGCCAGCUGAUUACACUGGUUCCUACCAGUACGACUACAACUGUUACUGGAAGCACCACCAACAGCCCAAGUCGUCCUGAAUUUCACUGGUCCAAUAACAGUCUUCGUGUCUGCCAUUCAACACAAACACCACCUCCUGCCUAUGACAGUAUCAUAAAGGCUUUUCCAGAUUCUUGAGUUGGAUUUUUGAUUUCAUAAGUAUCUGAGAAAAAAUCUUAGUUCUAUGAUUUCCUGGAGCUUCUGAAGAUUCCUGUGAAGGUUCUCAUAGCAAAAAGGACAUAUCGCAUGAGACAUGAAUGACACUGAUUUGAUAGAAGGAUGCACCGAUAAUUUGAUAGAGGGAUGCACAUUACUCACUUUGCUCACAAUGGUCUGCAGCAUCAAUAUGUAUUUAUUUUUUAAAUCUGCACUGUUUCACUUGCCAUUUUACCAACUGAUACCUUUGGAAAAACAAACCAAAGAAUACAUAAGAUUUAUAGCAAUCCUUCUAUGAACUGCAAACACAAUAUUGUCAUUCCUUUCAUAAGAUUUUUCUUCUGAUAAGAGGUUUUCUUUCCAAAUGUUUUCUUCCCAUCACUUUUUCAUCAGUUGGCAACAAUCAUGUGUGUCUUUAAGAUCUUCAGGAAUUCUUCAGCAGAUAUGAUUUAAAAUAAUUGUAGCAUUGCUAUCAUCAUUACAAGGAUUAGGAUAGUUGACUUACAUUUUUAGGAAUCAGUUUAGAAAUCCAAAGUGCCGUUAGAUUAGGAAGUGUCUUAUAGAGCCAAAACCAAAUGUCUGUGUGGGUAUCAGUGCUGGCUCUAGAUUUUAGGGGGCAUUUAACAAGGCAUCCGCAGUGGGGCCCCAAACCUAAAACAAAUGAGGCAUGCAAACUGCAAAUUCUCUCAAGGGCCUCUCACAUACCUAGGUGCUCUGUGUAAAGUGAGAAUGGUGAUAAAGUCAUGGCAAUGAGCCUUUUGCUGGUUGUGGGGCCCAAGCAAAUGGAAACUUCACUUGCCCUUUGGAGCAAGCCCAUGAAAGACAUUAUAUCAUAACCAGAUUUUACCUACAGCCGUUUUAAAAAAAUCCAUAUUUAGGAAUGACAGGACUUUUAGAUUAAAGCAAUAACAAGCCAAAUACUGAUUUAGCAAAAUUAGACCAUGCACUUUAAACAACAAUAACAACAAAGUAGACAUGUUAAUUCCCUUAAGGAUUUCAUACUUAUUCGCAAGGAAUGUAAUAUGAACGACAACACUUUCUACAGCUUCAAAACUUAAAAAAA